AUGGACCAAAAUGGCGAACAGGACUCGCCAGUGUCCAUCGCCGCCAACAUUGCCGGCCUGCUGACGUUCGCCUUUGCGCUGGCGGCGGCGGCGUACGCGCGCGUGCGGUACCUCCGGAGCAGCAGCACCGAGUACCUGCGCGUCAAGACGAGCCUGUCGUGGUACAAGACGGAGUCGACGUGGCUGCAGCACCUUGUGAGCACGCAAGGAGGGCCGGUGGCGGUGCCGCCCCGGGCAGGCGGCGACGACGACGGCAACACGGACCGGAGCAGCAGCUUCGACGAAAAGGGUAGUGGUAAGGGGGAGGAGUGGCCGAGACGGCGGCGCGUGGGCUUGGAUCGCCCGCCGCCGCCGCCGGCACAGCGCGCGGAGCAGCACAUGUUUGAGUUCGUCAUGGACGACCUGCUGAACCUGGAGCGGCGGCUGCUGGACAUGGUCAACGACGUGGAGUCGCGCGCGGCGGCGGACCCGGGCGUCGGGGAAGCCGGCAUAUCAUGGUCGCUGGUGCCGGGGACGUGGCACGGCGGUCGGCCGUCGGUCGCGGUGGCAUGGCUAGGCGUGAGGACUAAGGCGCUGGAGUUGGUGCGGCAGCGCGAGGCCCUGACGGCACGCGUGCAGUUCCUGCAGCUGAGCAUGAUCGCGUCGCGGCUACAGUCGCUCGAGGUGCGGGUGUCGGCGGCAGAGGAGCAGGAGCGGGAGCGGGAGCGGGAGCGGUUGCUGACGAGGGAGGAUACAAUGGUGUCGGCGCUCGCUGCCGUUCGCGACGGGAUAGAUUCGGGAGGGAAGCCAGCGGUAGAAAGAUCGGGAUACACUUCUCUGGUUAGGUAG